ACUGAAUUAUCGUCAUUAAUUCACGAAUAAAUGUAUAGCUCAAUCAUUUUCCAGUGUAGCAAAUGGAAUUCUACAAAUCAGUAUCUAUUACUAAAUUUCAUAAUAUAUGAUGACUAAUAACUGUGAAAAAAUUAUUGCUAAAACAGGAUGGGGACUUUGUCAUUGUUUUAUUGUUGGAUUAUGUGGCAUGUGUGCGUUUGCAGAAGCUUGUGUUCUUCCCAUUAUUCUAGUUAUAGUUCCAUUUAUGGCAUGUGAUUUAAGUCUAAAUACAAGUCAAGUGACUGCUGUGUAUGCUACCUUAACUUUAGGUAUGGCCAUAGGAGCAUUUGCAUUCGGAACAAUAAUCGAUGCAAGUGGACGUAAAGAUUGUAUUCCUGUUACUAUGUUGGCUGUGUUUUGCGCUACUAUCACUUUAUCCUUUGCGCAAACAAUGUUGCUAAUAUAUCUUUCUAUAUUUAUACUUGGAGUGGGAUUAGCUGGUAAUAACGUGGUUUUAAGAGUAUAUCUAAUCGAAAUUUUGCCCAUAAAACGAAGAGGCUUUUGUUUAGUCAUUUUGGAUUUAUUAGGAAUCAUUGGUUACAUAUCUGCCUUAGGUUUGUCAUGGUUACUGAUGCCUUCAAUCAUACAAUUCCAAAAUAAAAAAUUUCGACCGAAUUCUUGGCGAGUCCUUACAGGGUUAGGAGGUAUACCAAAUUUGAUCAUGGCGUGUGCGACUAGUUUGUUACCAACAAGCCCAAGGUAUUUACUUUAUCGCCGUCGGUACGAAGAAGCACUGGCAGUAUUGCGGCAAAUUUAUGCAAUUAAUAAUUCGAAGCAUGCCGCUACUUACUCAUUACAUAGUCUGAACAAUUGUGUUCGACCAAAUGAAGAAGACGAAGAAAUUACAAGAAAUGUGAUUACUAUAAUGCGCAGAUUCUGUAUAAAAACAUGUAAACGCAUCCGUGAGAUAUGCAGCACACCAUUGAAAUGUACAACGCUACUAGGAAUUUGUAUGAACCUUUUACAAUUUCCCGGAAUUAUUUGGAUUGCGCUCUGGAAUACCCAAUUACUUCAAGAAACCGAAGAUUUUAACAAAUCGUCAAAGAAGAAUGCUACAUGCAUUAUUAGUGUAGAGAACUUGGCAUUAGGAUUUUUGCAGAAUUGUCAAGAAGUAGAUACAGAUCGUUUUAGUGGUUUUUUCUAUUUGUCUUUGAGCUAUAUAUUAGGAGAAAUUUUGUUGCUAAUCGGCAUCGAUGUUAUUAGUCGAAAAAUAUUUCUAAUGCUUUCAGGAUUAAUGGGAACAGCAGCGUGCCUUGGUUUAUUAUUUACAGCCCAUAACAUAGUACGAGUCAUUCUUUCAUUAAUUAUACUAGCAGCUUACACAAUUGGUUGUACAACAAUCCCGAUAAUUAUAAUGGAAAAUUAUUUUACCGGCAGGCACGAUUAUCGGUAUAUCUAGAAUAUUUCCAUACUUUAUUGGUAGCUUUACUAAACUCUUUCUGAAUAUACAAUGCGUUACUAGUAUCUACAUUAUGUCAGGAAUUUUAAUGAGUGCUGUCGUUGCAGGAUCACAAAUGCCUGACCUAACCAGAUUACCGAUGCAUGAAUAAUUUUUCUAUGCUCUUAUGUUUUUAUAAUCAAAAGAUAACAAUUUAAAUGGAACAUUGAUCCUAUAACAAAAUAAUAAAUAGAGCAUCUUAUAAAUCCAAUGUAAAAAGCAAUUACAUAUAAUAAU